CGUCACGCCUGAACAGCAACACCAGAGCUAUUAAGCGGUGGCAGCGAGAGGGACCGAGUGCAGUGCGACUUGGUGGACUUAUUCAACCGUUUAUUUAUUUUAUUAAUAAUAUUAUUAUUAUUUACCUCAUAAAACUGCACAGUUAGGCUAAUGCUUUCAUUUGUCUUAACAAUAAUCCGACAUGGUGAGACACAGUACAACAAGGAUGGACUGCUGCAAGGUCAGGGAAUAGACUCCAGUCUGUCUGAAAUCGGUGUGCAGCAAGCCGAAGCUGCCGCCCAGUAUCUUCAAGAUGUACAUUUUACUAAUGUUUUUGCCAGUGAUAUGAAACGGGCUAAGCAGACUGCUGAAAUUAUUGUAAGUAAAAACAAGACAUGGAGCAACCUAGACAUUGUGACAGCUCCAUCACUUAAAGAGCGGAGCUUUGGUAUUGCUGAAGGAGGGCAAGUGGAGGACAUGAAGAACAUGGCUAAAGCAGCAGGCCAGCCAAUCUCAGAGUACACACCUCCAGGUGGAGAGACAAUGGAUCAGGUGAAGAUCCGAAUCAGCGCAUUCCUUAAAUUUUUGUUCCAGCAGAUGGCGGUUGAGCAUCAAGACAAAAUACGUCAUGGUGAUGAAUUUCAGCCAGACGGGCCUUUUGCAGGUCACUCAGAUGAUGGAGUUUCGGAUGAUGUGCUUGCUCAUGCGCUCGUCGUCAGCCAUGGUGCCUACAUGCGGGUGGCAAUGCGCUAUUUUAUUGAGGACUUGGCAUGCACUGUACCUCCUGGGGCAAACAUGGCUCAGGUAUUCUCAGCCUGCCCAAACACAGGAAUGUGCCAAUUUAUUGUGACUUUAAAAUGUAGUGAUGCAAGCGUUCAACUGUCUGGCAUGAAGUGUGUAUUUGUCAACCGCCAAGAACACAUCAGUGCUGAGAACAGAUAAAUUAAAGUUAUAUGUAAUUAAGUUGGAAAUUGCACUCUUGCAUGAAGACAACAGAAUAUUUGCAACGCCACAAUUGUUCAGAGGUCAGUUUUAUGCCAUUAUUUGUAUUUGAAACAUUCAGAUCAACAGUGUUGAAACAGUCGCUUAUAGAUACAAUGUGAUGUAUUUUUGCAGUGGACGGAAAACAACGGUUUUAACGAAGAGACCUUUAAAAAUGUAUUUAAUGCCCGAUAAUAUAAAUGAACGCAAUCCAAACUUCACUGUGACAGUGUGAACUUUCCGUUCUUUGUGAACAGACGUAAAAGCAGCAGCUUAGUCCCUGACAAUAAGUGCAUGAAGGAAGUCAUAAAACUAAUGAUGCAUAGAUUUUGUUGUUACUGGUUAAUGAGGCUUUAAAUAAAGCUAAUUCUUUCCCUC